CUCGAUAUUCGCGCUUGCCUCGACCCGGACGUUUCUUCACUGAUAAGUAGCAAGAAGGUAACAUGGUCUUAUGCAGUGUAAUACGGACGGUGUCCAGGUUUGGAAGAUCUGGAAUAACUCCUCGCUGCCGAAGGACGCUGUAUAGCACCGAGAGUAAAGGUCGAUAUUACACGCGAGACCAUGAGUGGGUGACGGUGGACGCAGGAGUUGGCACGGUCGGGAUUUCAAAUUACGCCCAGGAAGCGCUCGGCGAGGUGGUGUUCGUGCAAUUGCCAGAAGUGGGCUCGGCCGUGGCGUCAGGCGACGAAUGCGGAGCUGUGGAGAGCGUGAAGGCGGCCAGUGAGAUCGUCGCGCCAGUCUCAGGGACCAUAGUAGAGAAGAACAGCGCAGUAGAAUCCACGCCCUCGCUGAUCAACAAGUCAUACUUCGAUGAGGGAUGGCUGUUCCGGGUGAAGCUCAGCGCGCCAGACGAGCUAAAACAACUGAUGGAUCAGACUGCGUACGACAAAUUUUUGGAGGAUUCUCACUGAUACUUUUAUUCUUGGACUAAAUGCGAACUUAUAAGGAUUUUCUCUAGUCAACCAAUUUCCACUCGUCAUCAUACUACCUACAUACAUGCAGAAGAUGAUAUCAGUUCCACAACAUAAAACAGUCGUUUGAGCAAUUUUGUAUAUACCAAGUUUAGGAUUCUGUACGUCUCGCCUCCAAGGUAGUCUUACUAUUUUGCGCACCAACUGGUUUUAUCCAAUAUAAUGUUACGAGUACUUCUUCACUUACGCCCGACGCGACGUUAAUAAAUAAUCAAUCAAAAUCCAAAAUCAUCGUAGUGCCAUCCAAAGAGUAGAAAGUCCUCAGAUGGAUGGUGUUAUCUUAUAACAUAAAUAAAUUUAAUCUCUCAUCUGAGGUUGUUAUAUAAAUUUUCUGCUUUGAAUUGCAGACGCAAGGACAGUGAAUCCUGAAUUCGAAUUAGAUUUUAAGGUAAAUGUAGCUGAAAAAGGCUUUGAACCUGACUUAUUCGAUAUCCGUACUUUUGUUUUCCUAGUGACAAAAG